CCGAGUUCCACACGUGUUUCCUUCCUCUCAGCAGCAGCAUGUACUGAUAGACCACAGAGGGAAAUGUCUGUAGAGAUGGUGGAGCUCUCCGUGAAAACAGCGGAGCCGGUGCGCCCGGCCGGAGUCCUGCAGCAGAACCGGGUCUUCCUCGACUUCUUCUGGGACAUCGCCAAGCCCGAGCAGGAGGUCCGGCUGAAGGCCGUGGAAGACCUGAUCCAGUACCUGAAGAAAAGCGACCAGGCAGAUGAAUUGGACUACACAUUUAAAAGGCUGGUGGACGGACUGGCUCACACUCGAGAGGCUGCGAGGCCCGGCUUCAGCCUGGCUCUGGGACAGGUCCUGAGUGCCUUUGAAGAUGUUUCUCUGCAGACUGUUCUCGACAGAAUCAAAGAAAAGCACAAUUUGCAGACCGUGAAAAAAAAACUUUUUAGAAAUGCUAUGUUUGGGAACUUGUUUGGCGUCCUCGCCAUUCAUCAGUCCAGCCGCCUCCCUAAAGAGCCCCAGGUGGUGUUGGGGUGUGUGAAGCUGCUGCAGAGUCUCAGUCAGCGCAAACAGCACCUGAAGGAACUGCCGACUAAAACCAUGAUGGACAUCCUGAACGAGAUCCCAGAGGAUGUGUUUGAGGAGGUGCUGCUGAGCGCGCUGCAGACGGAGCUGGAGGCGGCGUUCAGCACCCCGGAGCAGCUGCAGCUGCUGCUGGUGGCUCUGAGGCGUUUCCCCCAGACCCUCAAACCCAAGAAACUGAAGAAGCUGCUGGGCUGCUCCACCAUCAUCAACGCUGACAACAUCCCCAAGUUGCUGGACGUGUUAAAGAUGGCGGCGCGCUCGGUGAAGAAGGAGUGCGUCCUCCCCUCCGUGGUGCUGGACCUCCUGAAGCUCUCUCUGAAGGAGGACAGCUUCCAGCUCUUCUGGGACAACGCCAUAAUCAACGGCAUGUUGAAGGAGGCGGCAGGCCCCGCGCACUACCUGAGCUUCCGGCUGCUGGGCAGUGCGCUGCCUCUCCUGUCUGCAGAGCAGCUGCAGGAGGUGUUAUCUGGAGAGGUGAUGGUGCAGUACGGAGAGCACGUGGUGGCGGCUCAGAAGCCGGACCGCUUCAAGCUGGCUCCGGAGAUGGAUGUGUUCGUGUCGGACUUCCUGCAGGAGUGUCAGGACGCAGACAAACAGCUGAUCGUGAUGGUGCGCUUCUCCUCGUUGACCAACAAGGGCUACCCGGUGGUGCCGUCGGUGUGGAGGGUGGUGCAGCACCUGCAGCCGGCCGCCGUGGAGCAGUACGUCGCCUGGCUGAAGAAAACCUUCCUGCAGCCGCAGAUCGACAAACUGCUGGACUUCAGCACGCGCAAGCAGAAGGACAACCCGGCAGCCAAGGAACAGAAGGAUGACUCCGUCUUCCGCCUGAGGAAGUGGAUUAUCUCUCGGCUCUGUGCGAUCAUCGAUAACCACCUGGUGAAGAAGUCUGAGGAUCUGAUCAUGGAUGUGGCCAGGUUUGUCUUCUUCCACGCGUUCUUCGGCACCAAGAAGGCCUCGGCCGACAUCCCGGAGACGAAGGGGAAGAUGUCCGUCCCGCUGGACGAUAAAAUCAGAGCCGUGCUCGUCAACUCUUUCUUUGGCCUCCUCCUCUCCAUGCACCACCUCCCUCUGGCGGAGGACUCUCCUGAAGGUGUAGCAGUGAGUCAGAAGCGUGCGCUCGGCGUCACGGCCGACGGCACCAUGUGGAUCUACCACCUGGUGCAGUACGCCCAGAGCCUGCUGAGUCAGCCCAAACACGCCCAGAGCAGCCAGCCCUUCAGCCCCGAGCAGAGCCAGGCCUGGGACAG